CCAAGGGGCCUGGGGCUAAGUUCUAUUAAAUUUGUGUUUAAAGGAAUCUGAGGUGCUACAGGGCUCCUUCGACAAACCAGGGAUAGUAACGAUUUAUUCAUAGGGUCUUGAGGUGAACUCAUACAAAGUGCUUAGGAGAGUGCCAGGCACGCAGUACGCAUUUAAUUUCGAGCAGUCACACGAGCCUCUGCGCUGCUACUGCAGCCUGCCCCACCCCAUUCCACGUUUCCAGCAGGGGCAGGGGCGACGUCGCACACAGCCGCCUUUUAAUCAAACCUAGACUCAACUCCGACAACUGCACAAUCUUUAGGGGUGCGGCGGUCAUGUAGCUGAGAAAAGGGAAAACGGGUCAGUGGGAGCUUUCCACAACCCGCGGCCCGGGACGGUGCGGCCUGCACAGCGUGCGCCCACGCCACACGAGCGAGCGAGACGCUUUCGCUUAAGCCGCGCGAGGAGGGCGAGCCACAGCAAAGCACGCCGGAGGGGGGAGGGGGAAGGGGGAGGGGAGGAGUCCUCUCCCGGAAGCAGUUUGUCUGCAGAACCGGAAACAGUUGUUUUUCAAGGGAGGCGGGACCGGGCGGGCCAGGGCGCAGCGGCUGACGGCGGGGGAGGAGCCGGUCCACUGCCGGGUGGAGGGGCAAGGCGAGUGUCCUUAUCCUAGCGAUUGGGGCCCGGGCCUGGGAGCCAGUUGGAGUCGCGGCAGCGUGAACGAUCGGGCCGAGCGGAAGCAGACAUGUUGCUCUUCGUGGAGCAGGUGACAUCUAAAGGCACUGGUUUAAAUCCUAAUGCCAAAGUAUGGCAAGAAAUUCCUUCUGGAAAUCCAGAUGGCACUCCUGUAACGGAAAGCACUUGGCAUGAAACUGCAGCCACAUCUGGAUCUCAUCCUGAGGGUAAUCCAGAACUUUCAGAAGAUAUGUGCAAGGAGUAUGAAGUCAUGUAUUCUCCCGCUUGUGAAACCACAGGAAAUACUACAGACAUCGAAGAGUCAGCUGAUGGAAUGAUUUUAGGACCAGAAGAUCUGAGUUAUCAAAUAUACGAUGUUUCUGGAGAAAGCAAUUCAACAAUUUCUACAGAAGACUUAAAAGAAUGUCUGAGAAAACAAUUAGAGUUCUGUUUUUCACGAGAAAAUUUAUCAAAGGAUCUUUACUUGAUAUCUCAAAUGGAUAGUGAUCAGUUCAUCCCAAUAUGGACAGUUGCCAACAUGGAAGAAAUAAAAAAACUGACCACAGAUCCAGAUUUAAUUCUUGAAGUGUUGAGAUCUUCCCCUAUGGUACAAGUUGAUGAGAAGGGGGAGAAGGUGAGACCCAGUCAUAAGCGUUGCAUUGUAAUUCUCAGAGAAAUUCCUGAAACUACACCAGUAGAGGAAGUGAAAGCUUUGUUUAAAAAUGAAAACUGCCCAAAAGUCAUAAGCUGUGAAUUUGCACACAACAGCAAUUGGUAUAUUACUUUCCAGUCAGACACGGAUGCGCAACAGGCCUUUAAAUAUUUAAGAGAAGAAGUUAAAACAUUUCAGGGCAAGCCAAUCAUGGCAAGGAUAAAAGCCAUUAAUACAUUUUUUGCUAAGAAUGGUUAUCGAUUAAUGGAUUCUAGUCUGUAUACUCAACCCAUUCAGACUCCAACCCAAUAUCCCUCACCAGUCUUUAUGCAGCCAGUGUAUAACCCUCAUCAGCAGUACUCAGUGUAUAGUAUUGUGCCUCAGUCUUGGUCUCCAAGCCCUGCACCCUACUUUGAAACACCACUGGCUCCUUUCCCUAAUGGUAGUUUUGUGAAUGGCUUUAGUUCACCAGGAUCUUAUAAAACAAAUGCUGCUGCUGUGAACAUGGGCCGACCAUUCCAAAAAAAUCGUGUGAAGCCUCAUUUUAGGUCAUCCAGUGGUUCAGAACACUCAGCAGAGGGCUCUGUGUCAUUGGGGGAUGGACCAUUAAGCAGAUCUAGUUCAAGGAACUUUCUCUCUGAACGGCAUAACUCUACAGUAACAGGGAGUCAAGAACAAGCUUAUCUUCCAAAGGAAGCUCCCAUUUUACAGAUGGAACAGAAUGGGGACCUUGUUAGGGGCAGGAGGGCUCUUUUCAGAGGUCGAAGGCGAAGAGAUGAUGACAGGGUCCCAAGACCUCAGCCUUCAACAACUGAAGUGAAGGCUCCAACACCAAAGUUUGACUUACUAGCUACAAAUUUUCCUCCCUUACCUGGAAGUUCGUCAAGAAUGCCAGAUGAGCUUGUUCUGGAGAAUAGAAUGUCUGAUGUUGUUAAAGGUGUCUACAAAGAAAAGGACAAUGAAGACUUGAGAGUUAGUUGCCCAGUUCCUGCAGAGGAUGAACAGGCAGACAGUGCUUCUGCCCAGCAACUCAGCAGAAGUCCUGGUCCUUCAUGUCCAACUGAGCUUCCUGUGUUAAGCACAACUCAGCAAGAAAAGGAUCAACUGGAGGAUUCUACAGUUCCAAAGGAUGUUCUCAGUCAGAUGACCGUACCAGUUUCUUCUCCAGCUACUGCAAAGCCAUCAAGGGCAGACACUGCUUCACCUUGUAAUAGUAACAUCAGUGCACCCACCGCUGUGAAUCUACAGGAACCUCGAAAGUUAAGUUAUGCUGAGGUGUGUCAGAAGCCUCCUAAAGAGCCAUGUCCAGUUCCUGUCCAGCCUCUACGGGAACUGAGAACCAAUGUUGCAUCUCCCACCAGAAAUGAAGAGAAUGGAUCUCCUGAGAAGCCUGUUGAAAAACCAUAUGAGAAACCAGAAACAAGGGCUAGUAAGGAUCAUUCUGGCUUCCGCGGCAGUGCCAUUCCCAGGGGAGCAGCUGGAAAAAUCAGGGAACAGAGACGGCAGUUUAGCCAUAGAGCUAUACCUCAGGGAGUGACUCGACGUAACGGGAAAGAGCAGUUUGUGCCACCCAGAUCACCAAAGUAAAACACAACCGUAACAGAAGCUACUCAGAAACUUCUCUCUUCCCACUAAACUUGAGCCUAUAUUGAACUGUCUUGGAGGGGAGGAAGUAGUCAGGAAAGAUGGGAAGUAUGUUCUUAAAUAUUAUGGAUUUUGGAAUUGUAAGAGGAACCCAAAAUUCAUCUCUAAAUGAUUUUCAAAUGCUGGAGGAUUCCAAUCAGUAUAAAUAUAUAUAAAUAUAUAUAUACACACACAUAUAUAUAAAUAUAAUUUUUCUAUUUUUGUUUUUGAUUUUAAUUUGCAGGGAUUUUCUGCCUGGAAUCAAUUUUGAAGGUUCAGAUUUAGCUUGGGAGAGAAAACAAAAAAACAUUAUACAUCCUUCAGUAUAGGAGAUGAGGGAGUGAGAGAAAAUAUUUUUUGAAGAAACAUUUCUGUAAAAAUUAGAAAUUACUUUUUUUAAUCUAUUUAAAGUUUGGCUUGAAGAAUGCCGUCUCUGACAAAUGGCCUUGUGUUGCAAAGCAGAUCAGUGGCUGGGGAUCUGUUCUGGGUGUGAGUGUGUACAAAGUGAUUGAAGCCAAAUCUGUUGUCCUGUUAGUAAAUGAUUUAAAAACUGAAUGUAAUACUUGAGUAGACUUUUGUAGUUUGGAAUUUAGUUUGUUUUUUGACAUUACUAAUAUUGUAUUGUAUUGAGCUAGCUAUUAAGCUUGAUUGUGUGUGAAGCUGUGACUACCAAUCAGUUUGAUAUUCAAGAGAAGAAUAGAGAUUAUUCAAAAACAAUUGAAAGUUUCUGUUUUAGACCUGAAUACUGGAUAGGUCAAAUAGAUUUCAGAGGUUCAAACUGCUCUGUGACUUUUUUUAAAAAAAAACUUCUCUUUAAAAUGGGAGACAAAUUUUUUUUCUUACUUGUUUGUUAGUCUCUGUUCUUUGACUCUUCACCCCCAGAAGCAAAAUAACCAACCAUUUCCUGUGGUUUCUCACUACUUUGACCAAUUUAAUCAAAUCAUACAACUAUCCUAAACAUUAUAAUGAAUUACUGAAAGAUUUUAUUCUUCUAUUAAAGCAAUUUGAAUUUUA